AUGGUCAAUGCGCCCGGCACGCCCGGCGCCAACGCCUCCGCUCAGCAGCAGCAGCAACAACAACGUGCAUCGCGGCGUCCUCCACGAAAAAGCACGCUGACACAGCAACAGAAGAAUCAUAAGCGCCAACGCGCCACACAAGAUCAGCUCGUGACGUUGGAGAUGGAAUUCAACAAGAACCCUACGCCAACUGCUGCUGUGCGAGAGAGAAUAGCGGAGGAAAUCAACAUGACUGAACGUUCAGUUCAGAUCUGGUUUCAAAAUAGGCGUGCCAAAAUUAAGAUGAUCGCAAAGCGAGGAAUCGAAACCGGCGAAGAUUGCGACUCUGUGCCUGAGUCCAUGCGUCAAUACCUCGCCUUGCACUGGGACCCAUCCAAGUCCCGUAACAUCUUUAAUCGAGGCUAUGGCCCUGGAGACCCCAUGCUGAACUCCCCUGCCACGUCCGGCAAAAUCGUUAUUUCCCACUUUUCCUGUCGUUCCCUGAGAAUUGGAACAUGGAGACGUGUUGGCCAAAAUACGAUGGACCUGGUCAUCUUUUACUCUCCUGAAAAGUCUUGUAUGACUUACUAUAUCAAUAACGACUCGGCUGGAUAUAAAAUCGAGUACCCCUUCUCUUCCAUCAAGAAUAUUGCUUUAGAACCAGCGGAAGCCGGUCCCGCUACUGAUGGUGUGCCCCCAAAAUUCGGUGGGAUCGUUAUCGAAUUGAACCGCCCUCCGCAUUUCUACAUGGACUCGUCCAACUCUGGAGGAUUCUACCAGUGUGGAGACUUCACUGAAGACCAGCAAGCCUCAAAGGCUUUUGUUCACCAUCUUGGAGGCGGCCAUCCUAAGGUCCUUAGUGUACAACUUGCGAAGUUGGUAUCUUUGGAAUCUUUCCAGAACCGUCACGUCCAUUUUGGUUUCAAUGGCUUUUCUUCGGCUCCAGUAUCUCCGCACAUCAUUCAUCGACCGGCUUCACAGCCAAACCAGCUCGCACGCACGCAAUCAGUGGUCUAUCCUGAAGGGCAUUUCGGUAUGAGCCUUCAUCCACCGCGUGGUCAUAAGCGCCAACGCAGCCGGUCCGUUCCUGUUCCGGUCGAUUUCUCUGCUAUGCAAAGUCCGAUGCCAUCCUUCCACGUUCAACACCCCUCUACUCAAUUCCAGUCCAAUCCAAACAUAUUCGCACCCGUACCUCAAACCCAUAUUCCCGUAAAUGGGGUCGCAAGUUCACUCCAGGUUGACACCUCUGCGGCAUACAGUAUGGAUUUCCACAAUUACCCGAUGUCCGCUACCACUGCCUCUCCAUCGGAAUUCAGCCCAUCCUUGUUCGCCACCACGGCGCCACCAGAUCAAUCGCAUGCAGCUCACAUGGGCCCACAGUAUACUCUCCCAUUCCUAUCGCCAUCGUCCAUGGACCAUAGCAAUGUUAUGGCGCACUCGACAGGUCCCCUGUCCCAUGUUAAUCCUGCCGAACCUUCUAUUGCUGAUCAGUCCCCACAACUUACAACUCAACGUAGCUCACCGGCGGACAUCUUUCCGAUGUCAGGCGACGCCGUCUCAUCUUUAUCCGAUGACGGUCUUGUUUUAAGUGAAUUGUACUCCAAACAAAACUUGAACAUGUCGAUGCCCUCGCCUCCCAUGGACGACAGUGCUUUCGCUCUGACGAUACAGGGUCUCCAGGACCAAGGCACGCCUGACAAUGGAGUUGACUUCCAUGGAAUGCUUGCUUUCGAGACCGUGGACCCGUCGUCGCUUGCUACUGAAUCCUGA